UAAUGGUCUGCGCGAAUUUCGAAUUUCCGGCCCCCCCUAUUGGAAAAUCCUGGAUCCGCGCGUACCGCUAUUACAGGCACGUAGUGCGCAACGCUGGUACAGUCCAGCUGUGUCACUCGAAGCCAGCAGAAAGGCUUAUCUAGGCUUUUUCCGCAUCUGAUACUUUGUCACACACUCACUGCAUUAAAAGGCCGUCUGUCUUCUGUCCGAAAAUCCUUUAUCCCAUAACAUUAUGGCGAUCCAACUCAACAGAUUGCUGCUUUUUGUAGUUCUAAUAGCUCUAUUACAGAGAACGCUAUGUCAGGUUUACUCCAGUCAGCAGGGAGAUGAAGAAUCGCCAUUUCCCGGAGAUGGAGGGUACCCAGGACCAGGACCAGGCGGACCGGGAGGUGGAGAAGGCUAUCCAGGAGGACCAGGUGCCGGUGGAGGGGGAAUGUAUCCACCCAGUGGACCCGGUGGUCUCCAUCCAGGAGCUGUCGUGCCAGGCCCAGGUUCACCACCGUUUGGCAGGGAAGGCCAGGAACCAAGACCACCACCAAGUUUCCAGGAAGGAGGAGAAGAAGGGGGAGGCCCACCGUCCGACUUUGAUCCAAACCUUGAUAUUCCUAGUAUGCCUGGCCUGAUGGGAGAACCCGAAUGGCCUGGCAUGGGCACCGGGGUGGAUUCAGACGACUGGCCACAGCCACCGAAUCACAUAUCAUCAGAUGGAAGUUUAUAUUCACCUCCUUCUGAUCUAGGACCAAGUAUUCAUGAGGGAACCCACCAAGAUUCUAUCGGAGACCACAAUGGUGCUGCAGAGACCGGCGAGAACGACCCGAAAGGAGGCACAAACUCUGAAUUGAUGACGGGAGAGCAGGAAUCCGUCAAAAGUCAUAGCAUGCGUCACAAUAUGACCGCAUCGGGGACACCAGACGACGAUUUCAACUACGUCGGGAUGUACGUAACCGUGGGCAUCUGUAUCGCAUUUAUGGUAACCUUAGUCGCCAUCGCUCUCAUCCGCGGGCCACAGGGCCCCUUUAAGACCAAGCGCACUGACGAGGAAAUCGCAAGGGGCCUCAACCUCAACGGCGGUCAAACGGCGGGAGACGUUAUCUUGUUAUCCGACGGCGCAGCAAUCCCGACCGACGCGCAGUGGGAGCAGCAACCGCUGCGCGGUGAUUGCGAUGACGUGGUUACGGACGUUCAGGUUAGUUGCGGGGAUACGGCUGUAGCCAGCGAGAAUUCGACGACAGUUGCGGUGACUGAAAUAACAAGCAAGGAAGAAGGUGUUUGAUUAUUAUUGUGAAACCGUUUCAUGUUAAUUGAUGACCCUGCAUCAGAAGGAUUCAAAACUGUUUCGACUUAUGCGUGACUCUUACAAUUAUAUUACAUGUAUUUGUGUGAAUCUCAUUAUUAUCAACAUUUUAUCUUUCAGCUAUAUUAACGAUUGUAACCUCGAAAUGUAGACUGAGUUUCAACUCUUGUUUAUGUACCACAGAAAGUUUAGAUAUAAGGUUUUUUCUGUCUAUUGGUUCUAGGGUACAUUACAUGAAACAUUGUUAUGAUUUACUGGCCUUCAAAGUUUGGUUUAUCCCUCACAUUUUGGUUAAAUAAAGUAUAUUAUAGGUGUUGUGAUCUAGUGGAUAAGUCACUGGACUGUAGAUCACAGGGUACAGGGUUUAAAUCCCUGUACUUUGGCAAGACGUUAUCUACAUUUGCCACUCUUCACUCGGGUGUCAAUGGAUACCUGAUAUGCUUGAGCACUAGUUACUUUGGUUUCCCACCCAUAACCAGGGUAAUAAUUUCUAAGCGCCAUGAGCGUUACUACUUGACAGAUAUGAGCACUAUAAUAAUGGUCAUUGUCGUUAAUAUUAUCAUUUUUAGUUGCCUAUAUUUCAGUAAAUCAUAAUGUACACUUCUUAUUUUAACCAGGUUUAACAUUAGUCUAAACGAAAGUUGCACGGUUUAAUAACUUUUGGUGCUUACAAGUUAAAUGAUAGAUGACAAGCGAACGAAAUAAAAUGUGUGUGAAAAUGUUGUGCCUAUAUGCCUAAUCUAUAAAUAGAUUACUAUUGUAUUUUAUACACCAGCAUAAGCAUGUUGUAUUUGCAUUUAUGUACCGAAUUUGAAUGGGAGUGCUUAAAGUAAUGUUUUCUCGAGUAGAAGAAUUUAUUAAAGGCUAAUCUCCGAUAUUUGAACCAUCCAUAAUAUAGAUAAAAUUAUGUAACAGUAACUGCAUAUACAAGCAUCAUCUCGGGUUAUAAAUUUAAGCUAAGGGGAAAACACAGCUUUGUAAGUGCAAAAUCUACAAUUAUCACAGAAUGGUUUGUUAUGAUACAGCCGGUUAGACAAGCGAUUGUGCGGCAAACCGCAAACUUAUGAGCAAACCACUGUUGUGAACAUAUGUUUUCCCGUCAAUUUUAGCCAUAUUUCAAUUAAAUUUGGUCACAAAACUUCCUUAUCUUGCACAUCUCUCAGUCAAUUUUGUCUUUGGUCAUUCGAUUUGCAUCAAAUUUUAAAAGUCAAAUCAAAUUCGUCAUCCUCGGCUGCCAACGUACAAUUGCAUAAAUCAAUCUCGUCAUUUUGCAAUCGGUUUCGUCAAAGCGUCAUUCAAAGUCGUAAUUCGAUCACUAUAAGGUCUUGUCUCUGCGACGAAUUUGAAUUAAACUCUCUUGAAAUUGACUGCACGAGGACGAAUUUCAGUAUGACAUUCUGCAGCGAACGAAUUUGAAUGAAAUCAAACGUAAAUGAAUGGAAAAGUAUUGACUUUGAUUGACAAAUGAGUGAAUCAACCUUGAUAUUAAUUUGCACGAUCCAGGAUUUCUAGGACAAAAUUGAAUUGCACACAUUGCACACAACUUUAAUUUAAAGUUAUUUUAAAAAGGACAGGAAAUCAUAAACUAAUUGAAACAUUAAUAUCAUUGCCAUCGUACGGACUUGAUGAAUGAAUAUGAAUACAAAAUAUAGCUUUACGAAAUAUGUUUUUAUUGCAUGGAGUAAGGUUUAUAUUUUAUGAUAUGAGUUGAAAGUCAAGAACAUUAGUUCUUUCAUAUUUUAUAUGGAUGAGCGUGAUAAAGGGAAUGUAUCAUUCAUUUACAUGAUAAAUGUACAUGUAUUUCAUCAGCAUAUCUGGGGUAUAGGCCUACACAUUGCAUUUAUUUUAAGACUUGGGUUAGAAGUAAGAAGGAAAGUUAAACAUGCUUCAUUCAUCAGAAUGUUUAUUACUUACAUCCAUCGGAUGAUUAUAUACUGUAUUAACUUUGCGUAUUAGGCCUAACCUUACGGACGUUUUCUUAAUGGAAGUAUACUAUUUCAUCAAUUCUGUGCCUUUUACGCGAUAGUGUCAAAGCUUGCCACGUUUUUACAACAAUUUUAUUGCCUCAUUUUGACAAAUGUAAUAUCUAAAUAACGAUCAUGUUAUACAUUUAUAUUUGUUACAGUGUACAAGAUAAAGUACGUCGAAAUUAUAUAUCUUUCAUACGUUGUGAUGAUCAUUAAAUUAAAUUAAUGUUCAUAAAUAGACAAUAAAAA